CACCCCACACACAACACUACAAACUACCCCACACACAACAUGGCAUCCUUCCCCACGCAGGCAGCCUUUGUCGUCCACGCGACAGGCUGGUCCGAGAACCUGUUGGCACACCCCAUGGGCCGCUUCCUGCACGCCCACGAGAAACUCUUCGACGCCGCCGACUGGGACGGCGCGCGCGCCUUCUACACGCCCGACUUCGAGUACGUCAACAGCAAGGGCCAGGUGGUAUCCGGCGCCGCGCCCGCGAGCGACGCGCUGCGCGGCGAGUACGCGCUGUUCGCAUCCUUCUUCCACGAGCCCGUCUACGGCACGGCGCACGCCGUCGAGUUUGCCCCAGGCGAGAAGGGCUACCGCCUGUUUGGCUGCGCGCGCAUGUUUGUCAACCUUCCCGCUGGAAACCAGGAGGUGGUCGAGAAGGCUCAGGUUGAUCGCCACGGCCGCGCCUGGGAGUGUGUCGCCAACGGCGCCUUCUUGUUCGAUGCUGUUGAGGUUGGCGAUGGGCCGACUCCGGAGGGUCUGCGCAUGAAGCGGUUCCAGAUCUUUGCUGAUCCGACGGCUAUCUUGGGGGAGGCGGUCAAGCGGGGGAUUGUCCCGGUCGAGGCGCUGACUGGUGGGGGGAAUUAGGUUGGGUGCGUUUGGGCUUGGUUCGUGCCUGAAGGGACCGGGGGGCUGUGUUGUGAACUUGUGGAUGAUGUUGGAGCUGUUGUGGUGCAGAUAAGCCAGUUCACGUCUGCUUUCUGAGUCGGUAUAUGGGACGUCUUUUUGGCUUCUUUUCUUUUAUUCCCGCCCCCC